AUGAAAAACCUCAUUGCAAGAGAUAUGCGAAAAUAUUUCGCUACGGUAGCGACAAUGAUGUUGAAGUUGUCGCAAACUUCUAAUUUUUCAUUAACUUAUGACAAGCUUGAGAGACAAAACAAGAAGAAAGAUGUGAAAAAAAAACUUGCUAAACUACAAUUCUUUCUGUGCCAAAUUGAAUUCAGCGAUAACCUUUCAUGGUUAACAUACGACCUGAAAUGGUCAACGAUGAAACAGAAACUCACGAGAUGUUGUAGCAUAAGUAGAAUGAUAAGCGAUCUUCUGUUUACAACAAAAGAAGAUGCGAAUGUUCACUUGAAAUGGUUUUGUUUGUUGAUCAAGCACUGCCGCAUGUCAUCAACAUUUUCAAUGUUGGAUAGACACAAAAAAUAA